GGGAAAAUUUUACCCACGCAAUGACAGAUUUGAAUUUUAACACCGCAUCUUUUGUUAACAUAUUUACAUGUUUGGCAUCAUAUUUCUUGGCAUGGCUUUCGUGUGCUACGAAAACACAAAGAGGAACUCUUUCUUUCCCUCUUGUUUUAUCAAACAUAGCUAUUUUUCUAGUCUUAUUACCUUGCUGGUCCGACAGUUGGAGAAAUGCUCUUGAAGACAUUGGGUUCACUAAUACAUUCUACAGCAGUGGACCUGAGAAAGGCCUUGCGAUUGCUGCAUCAUUUAUGCUACUAGUAUAUCAAUCCAUUUUCUGCUUUCUUUACGCGUCAUUACCGAAGAUGUUUCCACUAAUGAAGGAGGAACAACUGUUUAUUCAACCAUUUUACAGCAGUUGCUUUCAGGAGCAAUUUUUGGUUCUUAACAGGAAAGUGCUCAAAACACGUGAACAGAGGACGACGGAAGAAGACACGAUAAAAAGAAAGGCAAAAGUUUAUCUUUGUACGACGAUGUACCAAGAGAGCGAAUCUGAACAACGUCGUCUUCUCUCGUCUAUAAAGAAAGUAGCAAAAGCAGAUGCAAACACGACAGGCGCAAAAAACAAGCAAAAUGGCAAAAAACCAGGAAGGUUGACAAUGUACGAAGCGCAUAUCUUCUUUGACGGAGGAGCGAAAGGAAAAAAUGUCAAUCAGUAUGUCUUACAGUUGAUGCAUUUGAUACAAGAGGAGAUGGAGAUUAAGCCGCAAAAACUGCACUUGAAGAAAAUAGCUACUCCGUACGGUAUUCAGUUUAAAAUAGAUGUAGGGAGUACCGAUUUCAACAUUCCUUUCUUUAUUCACGUUAAAGACAAUAGUAAGGUAAAAAGGAAGAAACGCUGGAGCCAAGUUAUGUACAUGACCUACAUUAUCGAUUACUUGAUCGAGAAGCAAUCACCACAGUCGACGAGCACGGAGGACAGCUCUGUCGAUCUUAGCGACAUCUAUCUUCUUACCACAGACGGCGACGUGUCUUUCGAGAAGGAGGCAGUAGAGGAGCUCAUCGACGUACUACAACGAGACAAACUAGUUGGUGGUGUAUGUGGACGUACUCAUCCAUCAGGCUCCGGUCCCAUCGCUUGGUAUCAAGUGUUUGAUUAUGCAAUUAGUCAUUGGUUUCAGAAAGCAGCAGAGCACGUUCUCGGAUCUGUCAUGUGUUGUCCCGGUUGCUUUAGCUUGUUUCGAAUCAAAGCCAUUAAAUCUGUUUUGGCAACGUAUCGCAGCAACGUCGAGAAAUCGUCUGAAUUUUUGCAGAAAGAUAUGGGAGAAGACAGAUGGCUUUCCUUGCUUCUGGUCCAAGCAGGUUGCCGUUUGGAGUACUGCGCGGCUGCUAAGAACGAAACCCAUUGUCCGACAAGCUUUGACGAGUUUUUCAAGCAACGUCGCCGGUGGAUCCCAUCGACUAUUGUCAACUUAGGUAAACUGUGCACGGAUGGUGCAGACAUUGCCAGAAGAAACGACAACGUGUCUCGCUUGUAUAUUUUAUAUCAAGCAGUACUAUGGGUCUCAGGAAUUAUCGCUCCUUCUACCGUCAUACUUAUCGUUUCUGCUGGAUUUGCUGUUACGUACAACAUCAGUGAAAUUUCUAUUGUUGCUUUUUUUCUGAGCGUCAGCGUUUCGUUCGGUCUCAUCUGCUUAGUGUUUUCACAGAAAGUUCAGUGGCUUGUUGCCAAGUUUCUAACGUUUGUAUUUGCUAUUUUGAUGGGGGCCGUCGUCAUUGGUAUAAUAUAUCAAGCGGUAGUGGCUUUCAAACAACUAGGAGACCCGAAAGAGCAACUAAACGAUUUGUCAAACACUACAGCUACUCCUAUGCCUGAAUACUUCGGUCUUAUAGACGUACCCGUGAGUACGUGGUACGUGCUAGCGUUAUCUGGGAUUUAUUUGGCAACUGCCAUUCUUCAUCCAUUUGAGUUCACAUGUGUGUUUCAUUCUAUUUGGUACUUGCUUUGUUUGCCAUCCGGGUAUUUGCUCUUAAUUAUCUACGCAAUCUGCAAUCUUGAUGAUCAAGGGUGGGGUACGAGAGAGACGUCAGGUCAAGACGAUGGCUUAUCUUGGGAGAGAUUUCUUAACUCGAUCUCUAGAGCAAUGCAAAAGUUGUGUUGGUGUUGCAGAUCGGACGAGCAAAACAAUGACGACCAGGAACCAGACACUUUAACAACUGAAAAUGAACGAAAGACAACUAAGGGAUUUCUACGGCAUUGUGGAAUAACGGACCAAAAUACAGUUGUAAAGUUUGAAGAGGCCGGCUAUGACGAUGCGACGUUUUUUGUAAACAUGACAUAUGAGGACAUUCGAACGGUUGACGAGUCGAUAACCCGGAGAGACCUUGAAAGACUGCGUUCUAAAAGUUUUGCAAAUCAGAUGGAUCCCGAGCUUGCCGUGCGAAUCUUAACAACGGAUAAAGUACCCGAUUUCUUAAAAGAACUCAAUCUUAAAGAAGAACAUUUUAAAACACUCAAAGAUAAGAUUCAUGAUGUGGACAAUCUAAGUGAAGAUACUUUAAAUGACUGCCUUCAAAAUAAAAGAGGUUACAUUAAAAAGAUCAUGUUUGCAAUGGCGAAGCGUAGAAAUUUCACGCAAGAGGAAAAAAUCCUUUCCAAUACUAUGCGUCUACUUCAAGAAUUAGAUUCGGAAUCACUAACCCUACAAGGCAAAGAAUUAGCAUUUUGGAAUAAAUGCAAAGAAGAGUACCUUACGCCGGAAAUCUCUGAGCACCAAACACCAAGAACAACUAAGCUAAAAGAAGGUCUUGCUGAACUGCGAAACGGAAUGGUUAUCCUCUUUCUGGUCGCCAACAUUUUGUGGAUACUGCUGAUCGAGACGUUGGCAAAUUUAGCAGAUCUUCAGGUGUUCUACACAAACGCUUUGGGUCUCAUGUUUCUUGUGAUUUAUGGAAGCAUCGUCACAAUUCAGUUUACAACAAUCCUAAGUCAUCGUCUGAUUACCUUUGUCCACUAUAUUAGUCGUAUUCGUUGGCCGUUUGAGAAGCGUUCGUGUUGUCGCUCAUGUCGUUGCAAGAAAAAUGAUGAAAGGGGGAAUCUUAAAGAUGAAGAAGAGGAAUCCUAA